AUGCCGAGAGAGCAGAAUUUACUAAGACAUCAUUGUGCAAAGUACCCCCAGGGUAGUUUGCCGACUAAGAGGACCAAAUGGAUGCAAGGACAUUCCAUAGUAGGCUUCAUCAUUUUCUUCUCUUAUUUGAGACAUUCACUGGCACAUCCUCAGUGUUUGGACUAUCAGCCACCUUUCAAACCCCAACAUCUUGAGUUCUGCAGGCAUUACGAGAAAUUUGGUUGUUGUGACCAAAAAACGGACAACAGUAUUGCGAUGAGGUACUGGGAUAUUAUGGACCUGAUCGGUGAGGAAGAGUAUAACGUGUGUGCUGAUUUGGUAAAAGAUGUUAUGUGCCAGGAGUGUUCCCCAUACGCUGCACACUUGUUUGAUGCUGAAGACCCAUACACUCCAAUGCGUCACCUGCCUGGACUGUGCUUCUCCUACUGUUCAGACUUCCAUAACAAGUGUCACUCUGUGGUCAAGUAUCUCACCAACAGCCAGACACUACAGGAGACUUGUGAGAGAGACCGCUCGCAUUUCUGUACACUCAUUAACCUUGCUGACCAAGAUUACUGCUACCCCAACGUCCUGAAGAACAAUGAUCUGUACAGCAAUCUGGGCAAGGUGGUGGAAGACACCAAAGGCUGCCUGCAGCUAUGCUUGACAGAAGUGGCCAAUGGGCUGAGGAACCCUGUGCUGAUGGUCCACAGUGGAGAUGACACCCACCGCAUGUUUGUGGCAGAGCAGAUAGGUUUUGUAUGGGUGUAUCUGAGGGAUGGCAGCCGCGUAGAGCAACCGUUUUUGGACAUUAGUGGUGAGGUACUGACCACAAUGUGGCUGGGAGAUGAAAGAGGUUUCCUGGGGCUUGCCUUCCACCUGAAAUACAGAAACAAUGGCCGCUUCUUCAUCUACUAUUCCAUUCUGAUCAAUGGCAUACUUGAGAAAGUUCGCAUCAGCGAGAUGAGGGUCUCAACUCAUGACAUGAACAUGGCAGACCCUGAAUCAGAGAGAGUUCUUCUUGAGAUUGAGGAGCCUGCAGCAAACCAUAAUGGUGGACAGCUCUUGUUUGGUCUAGAUGGAUACCUAUACAUCUUCACAGGGGAUGGCGGAAAAGCAGGGGACCCUUUUGGAAAGUUUGGAAAUUCCCAAAACAAAUCAGCAAUGUUGGGCAAAGUGCUCCGCAUUGAUGUGGACGGUAGCAGUAUAGAUGGGAAGCCCUAUAAGAUUCCACCAGACAAUCCCUUCCUCGGAGAGCCUGAUGCUAAACCAGAAGUCUAUGCCUACGGUGUGAGGAAUAUGUGGCGCUGCUCAGUGGAUCGAGGGGAUCCAGUGACCAGUUAUGGCAGAGGGAGAAUUUUCUGUGGAGAUGUGGGCCAGAAUCGAUAUGAGGAAGUUGACAUCAUUGUGAAGGGGGGAAACUAUGGAUGGAGGGCCAAAGAAGGCUUUGAAUGCUUUGAUAUGAAAUUGUGCCAAAACUCCUCUCUAGAUGACAUUCUUCCAAUAUUUGCCUAUGGACACCACAUUGGGAAGUCAGUAACUGGAGGAUAUGUGUAUAGAGGAUGCGAGUCACCAAACCUCAAUGGUCUUUACAUUUUUGGAGACUUUAUGAAUGGACGAUUGAUGGCUCUGGAGGAGGAUAAGAAAACUGGGAGAUGGAAGGAAAAUAAUGUGUGCAUGGGUGACACUAAAACCUGCUCUUUCCCUGGCCUUAUAAAUCAUCACCACAAGUUCAUCAUCUCAUUUGCUGAAGAUGAAGCAGGAGAAAUGUAUUUUCUGGCGACCUCCUACCCAAGUGCAAAUUCUCCCUUUGGCACAGUCUACAAAUUUGUGGAUCCAUCUAGGAGGGCACCUCCGGGGAAAUGCAAAUACAAGCCACUUCCUGUAAAGGUCAGGGGGAAGAAAGUGCCAUUCGUACCUAGAGAAUUAACUGUACUGGGCAUAAAUGAAUCACCAACAAGGCCACCACUGGAAAAGAUAAAACUUGCCACUAAACCACCAGGCACACGCCAGCCCACAAGGGCCCAACCCACCACAUCUGCACCAAAGAAAAAAACCCUUGGCCAAACAACUAUGGCAAAACUGCUCCAAGAAAAGUCAAAGACAACCCAGUCAAAGGAUAAGCAAAAGAAUGUAAGCACCAAAGCUCUAAAGAAAGACACUCCUCACAGUAGAAAAUCAAUGUUACAUACCAAGAAGGACAAAAAAGACAAAGGGAAGCUGUCCCACAAACUCAAAUUAUCUGUGAAAGGACCUCUGAAGAGCCAGAAAACUAAACCAAUGAAACCAAAAGAGGGGGAAAAGCCUACUGUUUGGUUACCAAAGGCUAGAAAGGCUGGAAAAGAGAAGAAACCCACGAACAGCAAACCUAAGGUGACUGAUUCAAAAAAUAAUCAAGACCGCAGCAAAAAGAUAAAAUAUUGGUCAAAAAAAGGGAAGAAUGCUUUAAUAACCCACAAGUCAGUUGUAGCAAUGUAG